AUGGACUUGCAUUUUGGUCUCGAUUACAGUCGUCUCUCGGACGAGACAGUCGGCUGGAUGACCGAAAACACACCAGCUCAGACAACAGCAGCCGCAAAUCCCGCCUUGUCCUCGCCCCGUCCGCCACCAUCCUUGCUUCCAACCGAGCCCAACCCUCACCCAGCACCGCCCAGCCACUCAGACCGCCCCGAAGAAGCGCCCCGCAUGGCUCGUCCCGCCGACGGGCGACCGCUGAUCUUCAAGUUCGGCCUCGAGUUUCUCGAGGCGGGCAGCCCGCCAUACGAGCACGCCGUCCGCCGCGUCGAGAACGUCCUGCACCACCACGCCGGCGAAGUUCAAAUCGGCGCCGCCGUUCACCCUCCCGGCAUGGAUGGGCUGACCAUCUGGCAGCUGCGUCGUAUCGCCGGCCCUGCCUCGGUCCACCCGGACGAUUUUCUCUGGUUUGUAGAGCUCGCGCCUCACUUGGGCCCGGCGCCACGUAGCGGCGGACCCUGGACGGGCAUCAAGAUCAGCGGUCGGCUGUGCAUGGGCAAUAGGGUAUUUAGCGAUUUUGAGCAUGGUUUCCGUCUCGUCGUGGACUCGUUGAGAGGCAGAACGACCAGCCGGACCAGAAACGUCCCGCCGUUGAGGACGCACAUUCCAAGGAACGCGACGACUUCUUUCUGGGCCGGUUUGAGUAUAGGCAGCGACAUGUGGGAGCCGACCGUCUUUCGCCGCCUCUAUAUGUUCAUGUACCUGGUCGAAUCCAUCGUGUGCUCCAUGUUUGUCCCCUCAUGGCGCAGCCUGCAGAACAACCCACAGAUCGUCAGCCUCCGCGGCUACGUGUCUACCCUGACAAUCCCGCAGGCGCCCAUAGACGGCACGCUGGACAAGUUCCUCGGCACGGCGGCGGCAGGUAAGGACCUGCAAGUGAUCAACUGGAUGUGGACGUGCGAGUUUGGGCGGCUGCUGGAGCUUAUGCGGGCGACGACCCAGCCGCGGCUGGUUUUGCGCAGCCACCUUGUCGAGUCGGCGGCGUCUUCCAGACAGAAGAACAUGGUCGAGUUUCGAUACCUGCCCGGGACCAUGGACGUGGCGCUGCUGCAGGGAUAUGCAGAGACGUGUCUUGCCAUUGUGUACUUUGCAAAGACGUCCGAUGACUUCAAGUACGCCGCUUUAUUGGAUGAUAUUUGCGAGUGCUUGGAAGAAGCCGGUGGCAUGGCGGAUGCGAGGCGUUUGCUGCUCCACGGCUUGGGGUUUCAAACAGAGGUUGCUGAUUGGUGGGAGGCUGUCAUGCAGAGGCUCAAUGGUAGGCAUAGAGACCGAGAGCCGAGACAAAGGCCUUGA